CGAAACGUUAUAAUCAGUGCUGCCAAUAUUAAUUAAACCAAAACAACAAUAUGGCCGACCGAGUUUCUGCUGUGUAAAUGUAUAUUGUGUUUUUGUUACGAUACGAGUUUUUGCCUUGUUUAAAUCUAAAAAAGAAACUAAUUUAUGAACAGGUAUGUCAGUUAUAAUGGGACCUAAGAAAAAAAGUUCCGUUUGGCAGUUCUUUAACAAAAUUGACGAUAAGAAAACGAAAUGCAAACUAUGUCAAAAGGAAAUUAAGUCUGCUGGAAACACUACGAACUUAAUUGGACAUAUUCGUAAUGUUCAUAAGGCUGCUUAUCUCGAAAUUCAGCCGAAACAAACUACAUUCAAUGCAGUAACUACUACAGACGAAAUAUCGAAUCCUCUGGAUCUGGAUACCAAAGUUACGCCUUAUAAUAAAAUGGAUGAUGGAGUACUUCAGUUUCAACCUGUUCCAAGUUGCAGUGGCAGUCAAAGAUCCGGUGCACCGUUACCAAAAACCGUAAAUGAAACCAUUGAUUCAGACUUAGACGAAAACGUUACACCUUUAAAACGCCAAAGAACAAUACAGGCCGCUUUUAAAGAUAUUUCCUCUUACUCAGAAUCUGGAGCGAAGACAAGGAAACUGAACAACUGUUUGUUAUUCAUGAUUUGCAAAGACCAUCAGCCAUUCUCAAUCGUUGAAAACGAAGGCUUCAAAACUCUAAUGAAAACAGUUGCUCCUCAAUAUAAGCUCCCGAGUAGAACAACUCUAAGACGCUGGCUGGACGAUAAAUAUGAAGUAAUUUCAGAAACAAUUAAGAAAAUGUUGUCCUCUAUAGAAGAUAUAACCCUAACAACAGAUAUUUGGUCGGAUACCUUGAAUAUGAAAAGUUUUUUGGGCAUCACAGCACAUUUCGGAAUAGACAUUGAACUAUAUUCAGUCACCUUAGGUGUGUACGAAUUGGAUGAAAGACAUACAUCAGAUUAUCUUUCUGAAAUUCUCUUAAAGGUAUGUCAAGACUGGAAAAUCGAUCAAGAGAAUGUAACAGCUGUUGUUACUGACAACGCAGCCAAUAUAGUUAAGGCGAUCGAAUUAGCGUUUGGUAGAAGGAAACACAUCCCAUGUUUUGCCCAUACUCUGAAUUUGGUGGCUGAAGGCACAAUGAUAUGUAUUGAGUGGAGAAACAUUGUUUCUAAAGUAAAAUCAAUAGUGACUUGGUUUAAACAGAGUUGCAUUGCUAGUGAUGAAUUACGUAAAGCUACUGCUGCGGCUACGGAGUCUUCUGCUGGAGCAGCUGAGGUAAAAUUAAUACAAAGCGUGGAUACUCGCUGGAACAGUACAUAUUAUAUGUUACAAAGAUUUCUAGAACUCCGUAGUGUCAUAAAUGAUAUUCUCUUCCGCCACCCUAGAGCACCUGCAAUGCUGAGUGCAUCGGAAAUAUCUACUGUAUCGUCUGUCAUCAUGGUAUUGCGACCCUUAGAAGCGGCUACAAAAGAAAUUUCAGGUGAUAAAUACUGCACAAGUAGUAAAAUUAUUCCCUUAGUUCGUUGCAUGCUCUCUAAAAUAACUUCAGCUGUUAUAGAAGAUCCCGUAGCGAAAGAGGUGCAGAAACUUGCUAUUAAUGAAAUAAAUAAAAGAAUGGGUUCAAUAGAACAUGUGAAUGCUCUGGCUAUCGCAAGUAUUUUAGAUCCACGGUUUAAAAGAAUGCAUUUCAAUGAUCCGAUAGCUUGUUCGAAUGCUGUUACGAAAAUUAAAGAUUUAAUGAAGAAGAAUUUGCAUAGCAAUGAAGAACCUGAGUCCGAUUCUGACAAGUCCGAUAAAAAUGAAGAGGCCUUUUCAUUAUGGACUGAUCACCAUAAGUUAGUGCAUCGUAACUGGAAAAUUAACAAAUCUGAAGACGUUUUGUCUGACGAACUUUCCGUUUAUCUCCGAACUCCUGUUGGAAGACUUAAAGAAAAUCCGUUAGAAAUUUGGAGAGAUUACAAAAUACAAUUCCCGAAGCUGUACAAAAUAGCUUUUAAGUAUUUAACAAUAGUUGGCACGUCAGUCCCUUCAGAAAGACUUUUUUCACAGGCAGGGCUAGUUAUGACUGAACAAAGAAACCGGCUGAAGGGGAAGAGAUUAAGCAAACUUUUGUUUUUACAUAGCAUUGACAAAAAAUAUUGGAAUAUGUAAAAAAAAUGUGUUGUCUCGGUGAUUUUUAAUUUUAAUACAUAUAUUUCCUGAUUAAUACAUAUUUUUGUUUUAAUUAAUGCCUAACCUAAAACAAUCGAUAUAUAAGAAACAUCGAUGUAUUUCCCAAUACAUCGUAUUACCAUCGAUGUGACCGAUCGAUGCAUCACAUCGAAAAAAACAUCGAUGUAUAUUUUAAACGUCCAUCCCUAUCCAUAA